AUGGUAGUCGCAUCUUCUCCAGUACAUAACAAAAAAACGACUAAUGUUGUAAAUGUUUGGUUUAAAAAAUUUAGACCUCAAAAUGAUGGCCCGGCUGAACGUGCUUCGUCGUUUAUUUUGAUUGCAGAUAGUAUUCUUAAACAGUCCGGUGAUGAUACCUAUGUUACUGGAACACUUAAACCUGCAAUUUUCAAGGAUUUGGAUUAUGUAGUGAGUACUUGGUCCGACGGGUGUUUUGAUCUCUGGGAGGAAGCCAACGGUGUUCACUUUUACACACUCAUGGUCAUGCGCAAAGGUUUGAUCCACGGUGCAAAUUUCGCUACACGUAACGGUGACACCACACGUGCCUCCACCUACACCACUACCGCCAACACUCUCAAAACCAAAAUCAAUACCUUUUGGUCGGGUACCUACAUUACCGUCACCCAAAGUCUCACAGGGGGUGUUCAAAAAGCCGGUUACGAUGUCUCUACCUUGAUCGCUGCUAAUUCAGGUUCCCUCGCAGACGGUUUCUAUACACCCGGAUCCGAUAAAAUUUUGGCCACCGCUGUCGUUGUUGAAAGCAAGUUUAGUUCUCUCUAUGAUAUCAAUGUCAAUGCUCCUUCUUAUUUGGGUACAUCCAUCGGUCGAUACCCCGAGGAUACGUAUAAUGGUAACGGGAAUGGACAUAAGGAAUGGACGCUAGCGGGUCAAGUCAAGGUCUCCUCCAUUAGUUUACCCUUCUUUAAGAAAUUCGAUACGGCUGCUGUGGAAGGGACCGUGUACAAGGUCGGUACCGCUGCUUUUAAUGCCAUGACACAAAAUUCCACGGGGGCCAGAGAUCUUACUUGGUCGCAUGCUGCGCUUAUUUCUGCUGCUCGUGCAAAGGCUGGUGCUCCUUCUGCUUAA